AUGUCCAGCGUCAUCGCUGUGUUGGUCAUGGCAAUGACCGCGGCCGGAGAAUUCGGCUUGGAGGUAUUCGACCACAUCAAGUUCGGCUUCUUCGCCCUGGCUUUUGUCUUCGGCUUCGCGAUCCUGUUCUCGGUCGUUCAUUCGGCCAUCUCCAACAUCACCGCCUUCCCGGACCCUCUUCCAGAACCUUUGCUGCGUCGCGAACGUCGUGCAACUGCCACUGCAGCCCGCCGUUCCUCGCUCUCAUCGCCGUAUCCGGUGUCAAUCUCGGCCUUCGACAUCGAGGUCAUCACGAGAUACCGCUCCCCUCCUCGUUCGGGCUUCGAAUCUCACCCUUUGACCAAGAUGUACCCGAGCACCAUCGAGGACAUCAUCGCCAAGAUGGCACACCGUGGCCUUCGACCCAGGUACAACCAAACCGGUAAUCUGGUGGAAUGGACACCUAUGGUACCGAUUGCCCCUCAAAGAGUACGAAGUGCUUUGCUGGAGUUCCCUGCCUCGCAGGAUGACAACACCCGUGUCCAGCACGGUGAGUCUGACCUCCACGUAUCGCCGGUCACUGCUGAGAUGAGCGCACGCCCUGCUGCAUGCCGCCCUUCCACGCCUGUGGACGCUGCUACGGCAGAUCUCGCAAUAGACACGUCUCUACGGGUGGGUCCUGUCGAACCUCCCCAGUGUCACAGCGCGGCCUCUGCAGCCGACGCUGGUCGAGCCCCCGCGCCGACUUCUACGGAAGGGUUGGUGAGUCAGGCCGUCGAACCUCCCCAGGAUACCUGCGCUGCUUCCGCGGCCAAGCCUGGUGGUGCUCACAUGCCCGCAUCUACGGAUGGGAUGGCCAGACCAACCGGUAUCGUCCCAGGUGCCAACGUCGCGCCCUCCCGGGAAACAUGGAUGCUCUCUUCCGGCGCUGAGAACCUGCCUCCGCGCGAGCGACAUCCACUCUUCACCUUUCGCUGGAAGCCCUCGACCGGCGUGGAUUUCCACCUGCGCGAGCCGCACCCUCUCUUCGUCGCGGCCUUCGCGACGCCAGCACCUGCUGCUCCUGCGCCUCCGCCUCGUCCUGCCCCCUCGAUAUUCAUCUCUUCGCCUUCAAUCGCGUCUCGUCCUGUCGCCCCUGUCGCUCCACCGGCCGUCAAGGCCACACCUACGCCCACGCCCACGCCCACGCCGCCGCCACACUCUCGCUCUCUGCCGGCUUCUGCUUCCCGCGCUUCGGCGCCAAAUUCGACCCCUGCUCCAGCUUCGAUUCCGCCUCCCGCUCCCGCUCCCAUCGCCGCGCCAUCAGCGCCUGUCUUUGGUUUCAGUCCAAUUGACCUCCAGGAUUGGAUGGCUCCUCUGUCCGAGAUCCUCGCCCUAGACAUGACCAAAUUGGGUCUGACUGAGGCAGACUUGAUGAUGUGGGUAAUCCCAGACGGCGUCAUCAAGGCCGCCAAGAAGCACAACGAGGCCUACGAGCAGAGAGCGCAGAGGGAUCCCGUGGCCAUGGCUGCACGAUACGUCAUGAUCGCGCGCAACCUCAAGAAAUGCGGAGUCCUUCUCCGACUUCAGCUUCUCCAGCUGCGCCGCGCGCCGCAAGGCACAUUCCCUCCCCGUCGCUCUUUCGCUUUGCUCUUGAACACAAUGCACACUGCCGCCAUGCAGUUCAACCAGCUCAAAAGCGCCAGCGUUGAGCUUAACCAAGCCGACUUCUCCACCUUCAAGAAUGCUCUUCAGUUCUUGUUGAACCACGUUUUGACGAUGAACGAGUUUGAGGCUUGUCUUGUGCAUCACCGGGGUGAUAAGGAUGGGAAGAAGGAUGCCGCGCAGAUGAAGAAGGCCUGCCGGUUCAUUGGCAACGUUUUGGGCAUUCAUGAGCCCAUUCUGGCUCGGCUUGGGCUGGAUUGA